GCAAGAACAAAUAAGAUUGGACUUUUGUGAAGGCCCUGUCACCUGAGGGCAGCUCUUGACUUAGAGGGCCGCGGCUCGCACCGCCAGGAGCCUUUAUUGCACUGCUUGGGGAAGAACUUGGGCGAUCAGCAAUUCUCGGCGCUGUCUGCGAACUGCAGCACUGGGCUGGAGCUCACAGGGAGCUAUGCCACUUUCGCCUUUUUAGCAACUUUGCUAUAUUUCCUGUUACUCUUGGAGCUCUCCGUGUUCUCCACCAAGCUCUCGACCUUUGUCCUAGUAUGUGGACGCAUGGUGCAAGAGGCUGCUCAGUAUCUUUUCGCCCUGACCUUCGUGGUGAUCACCUUUGCCUGUGCGAUCGCCUCAUCGGACGUCAUGAACGAACAGUUCAUGAACAUUGGCCCGGCCAUGUUGAACCUCUCCCGCAUCAUGCUCGGUAUGUACAGCAGCGAUGAGUAUCAAUACCUGGAGCUUGAACCGAAGCUCUUGAUGUCCAUCAGCGUCUUCGUGAUUUGCACCACCAUCUUCUUGUUCAACCUCCUGAUCGCGCAGCUGAAUUGCGCGUACAUGGGCAUCUUCAAGGACAUGUUGGGCUACGCCAGGCUCAACCGAGGUUCGGUGAUUCUGGAGAACGUGAGCAGAUCCUCCAAGCACCGCUGGACCAAGUUUGUGGAGAGCUUACAGAUGGAUGAGAAGCUGGAGUUCAAUGAGGGCGAUAUUGGCUUGGCCGGUGGCAUCCAGGUCCUGGAGUCGGCCAGCGCCAAUCCGGUGACCUCUGACUCCAUCAAGAGGUACGGUGGCUCGACGUGCCCCACGGCACCGUGGCCUGAAACGGCCAACGAAGUGGACAUUGAGGAUAAGGUGGAUCGCUUGGAGAAGAUCAUCGAAAAGGCGGUAAAGCGGAUCACCAAAGCCAGCAACAAGUCCCAAUCGGGCUCCGGAGCUUCCUCCAUGGCCAGCGGCUCAUCAAGCGGCUCCAGCGGUGGCAUUUGAGUGCAAACGCACCAGAACCUGUGCGGCGCGUCAAAAGGCGUGCGAACGCAAGCCCUGGGCACAGCAAUGAGUGCUCGGUGCAGGGUUCGCCCAAUUGCCAUUUUGAUGCUUGCAGAAGCGAGGGGCUUUGAUCGACAGAGGGAUCAGACGCCUUCAGUUUACAUGUGUCUCCGAGUGAAUCUUCUAUCUCUUCGAUAUGCCAAAGCUUUGUGGGGGAGAGUCUCGUUGGAAGCGACGUGGAAUGUGCUGCAUGCUGAGCGAAAUCAGAGAGCAAGAGGUUUUCCUGGAACC